AUGCAAAAUGAUAUUAGAAACAAGUUUGGGAAGAACAUGACUAAAGACUCUUUAAAGAAAUUCGUUGAUUUGCACAAGAACAAUGAAUUAUUACCACCUGAAGUCCCUGCCACUUGUUAUGUUAAUCUUGCAUUGAACGGAUGGGACAAGGCUCUAGAUGGAAAAUAUUUAAGAAUCAAUGAUGAUGCCUUGAAACCAUACUUGCAGUAA